AUGCUUCUUUUAUCUUCUCCGGUAGCCAAGCCUGCGUUGGUUGCCAUGUCGGUCAGGGGGCGACCUAGAGCGCCGGCGGCGACAGUGAGAGCGGCACCGGGGGCGGCCACCAUGUACGAGCUGCUGUCGGUGGCAGAGACGGCGGGUUCGGAGGAGAUCAAGGCGGCGUACAGGCGGCAGGCGCGGCGGUGGCACCCGGACGCGUGCCGCAUAGCGGGGGACGAGGGCUACUUCGCGGAGCGCUUCAUGCGGGCGCGGGAGGCGUACGAGGUGCUCUCCGACCAGGGCCUCCGCCGCGAAUACGACCGGGCGCUGCUUCGGAGCGACGGGGGCGAGUGGGAGAGGCAACUGGAGGGGCUGCAGUGGCGGCGGAGCACCACGGUGGGGCGGCGGGGGACGAGCUGGGGCAGUCGGAUGAGGAGGGCCCACGGGUCAGAGAUAUUCGAUUGA